AUGUUCAGAACGGUCGCUUUGAUAUCAGUGUCCCUUCUACUUGCUAAAACUGCAGCCACGGCCGACGUCGUAGAUGUCGGAUACGCGAAGUAUCUGGGAAACCGUACUUUUCCAAAUGCCGUCGCGUAUCUGGGCAUCCCUUACGCCGAACCACCUCUCGGUGAACAACGGUUUCGAGCUCCUUUACCUCUCAAUACCUCGAGAAUUGCAGAAGAGUCGGAAGGACGCGUGGUAGAUGCCACAAAAUACCCUGACUUCUGCAUCCAGGGACCGAUUGGAGGGAAUGAUCAGGGAGGCGCCGGAAGCGAAGACUGUCUUAACGUUAACAUUUACGCUCCUGCGAAUGCGAAGAAAGGGGACAAAUUACCCGUGCUUUUCUAUAUCCAUGGAGGAGGAUACGUCUUCGGGAACCCAAGAAACUGGCCCUUUGAUCAUUGGAUUCGUCAAAGCCCAAAUGUUGUCGUUGUAUCUAUAUACUACCGACUCGACGCGUUUGGUUUUCUCAGUACCCCGGAAUUCGCAGAUUCAAAAAUUGGUGAUUUCAAUGCCGGCUUCUUGGACCAGAUUCAAGCUCUUAAAUGGGUCCAGGCAAAUAUCGACUCUUUCGGCGGCGAUCCAUCCAAGGUGACGAUUAACGGGCAGAGUGCGGGAGGAGGUUCAGUAGAACAUCAUCUUGUUGCAAACGAAGAGCCCGGACUAUUUUCGGGAGCGAUUGCACAGAGUGUGGGUAGGUCAAGGACGCCAACUCCGGAUCAACAAAAGCCACUCUUCGACUUCUUUGCCUCCCAUGCUGGUUGUGGCACCGGCGACGUGACCCAAAAACUUUCUUGCCUGAGAAAUGCUAGCGUCAGUGUCCUGGCUCGUGCCCAAGAAGCCGCGAGGACAAGUGAAUUACCCUACAAUUCUUUUACCCCCAUUGUUGACGGGAAGGUCAUUAUCGGCCAUCCAACCACCCUCAUCAGAAACGGAAAAUUCGCGAGGGUGCCUGUGAUCGUUGGCGCGACCUCAAAUGAAACUAUCGGUGGAGGCGGCGAUCCUGCAGCCACCCUCAAGCGUUCGUUCCCGGGUCUUUCUGAUAGCGACAUUCAAGACAUAUUGGCGGUCGCCCCCAUAAGUGACUUUGCCUCCGCCACCCAGCGGGACCAAGUUGUGACCGGAGAGUCAAUGCUUAUAUGCGCGCGAGAAGUCUUAGGUGGCGCAUUCUCUACUGCACCGAGAUCCUGGACAUAUCGAUACAAUCAGCCCAAUCCAACUCUCAACGCUAGCGGAACUGCUCAUGCUGCAGAAAAUUGGAUGAUGUUUUUGGGUACAAACACAGGGGUAAAUGGGACGAACACAUUCACUCCGAUGACCCCCGUUGAGAACGCGUUCGCAGAAGAGUUGAUCGCGUAUUGGCUCUCGUUCGUUAGAGUUGGUGAUCCGAACAAGUUCAAGUUGGCCAGAUCUCCAGAGUGGCCUUCAUACACUCUUACUGGUGAUACUCGCAGUGUGAAGAGGCGGAUUGUAUUACAGGAAGACCCGCAGAAGUCGACGACUCGUAGUGGAAAUACCAUUGAACAAGAACCUGAAAAUGAGAGUAGGAGAUGUGCGGUUGUAGCAAGUAAAUCUGAACAGGAGCAAAAUUGA